AUAUGGACUCCAUGUUUUGAGAAAUGCAACCUUCACAGGAUCAAUCACGGAUCAAUCUUUCUGACUUGAAGGCACAGAUUGUGAAGAAGCUUGGCCCGGAGAGGUCAAAGCUCUACUUCCAUUAUUUGAAUGGACUGUUGAGCCUUAAGUUAAGCAAGGGUGAAUUUGAUAAGCUAUGUCAUCGAACUCUUGGGAGGGAGAAUCUCCCGUUGCACAACCAGUUGAUACGUUCAAUUCUGAAGAAUGCUUGUCAUUCUAUGGUCCCGCCACCAGAUUACGUGAAGGAAGUCCGGAAGUCUGCUUUAGGAGCUGGAAAGAAAUCUCCUCCAAGAGAAGAUGGGUAUCAGCAAAGUGGGCCAUCACUAACUCCAACAAAAUCUCCAACUCCAGUGAUUUGGUUAAAUGGGGAUGUUCCACUACAUUUGCCCCAAAAGUGCAAGUCUGGGAUUCCUGACAGGAAGCUUAAAGAUCGCCCGAGCCCUCUCGGAUCAAAUGGGAAGGUUGAGUUUCCUUCUCAACAAUCAACUACUACAGAUGACAGCAUCAAAGUUAUUACAGAAAAUGGAGAUUUUAAACCAUGUGACUUCCAUAAGCCUGCCCAGCAUCAUCAGGGCCUUGCGGAGCAACCUGAAAUUGAGCAGAAGGUUUCACUUCAGCGUCCUCACAAAUUACCAAGAAUAAAGAGAUCACAGGAUGAUCCUGUUUCUGUACAUAGCAAGGGUCAGCUUGAAGUAGUCGUCGUCACCGAAGGUGCGGAAGAGGUGGAGCAGGAGGCCAACAUCUCCAGCUCCACUAGAGGUCUACUUAGGGCUCCUCUUGGAAUUCCAUUUUGCUCAGCUAGUAUAGGUGGGGCCCUGAAGGCUUUGCCAAUGCCUAACAGUAGUAGUUUUGCUAGUUAUUAUGACAGUGGUGAAUUAUCUGAUAUGGAGGCAUUGAGGAAACGUAUGGAGCAGAUUGCAGGAGCACAAGGCCUUGAAGGGGUGUCAACAGACUCUGCUAAUUUGUUGAAUAAUGGGUUGGAUGCAUAUUUGAAGCAGUUGAUCUGGUCUUGCAUUGAGCUAGUAGGAGCAAGAUCAGGACAUGAGCCAUCAGUGCGAUCUGUUUACAAGCAACAGCCUCAGGGUAAAGUCAUUAAUGGCAUCUUGCCAGGUUAUCAGUCACAGAUGCAAUGUAGCAGUGGGCCCUUGGAAGGCACCCAAGAACACAGAAGCCAUUGUCCGAUAUCUUUGCUUGAUUUCAAGGUUGCAAUGGAGCUAAAUCCACAGCAGCUUGGAGAAGACUGGCCAUUGCUGCUGGAAAAAAUUUGUAUGCACUCAUUCGAGGAAUAAAUCCAAGGCAAACUUUGGUUUCUCCAAAGCUAUGAUUGGGUGGGACCUACUAGUUCAAGGGGUCUAGCAGUUAUCGAUGGACACCGUCGACACAGUAACUGCUCCGUUAUGGCAAUGAUGGACCAGACAAGCAACCCCGGGAUAAAGUUCUGCCCCUUCCAAGAUGAAAUGGGAAUUGGAGCAGGAAGUUCUUGUAUUCUCCUGCUGCUGGGCCAUACUCAACCAGGAGUACAUUUAACAGCAACCUCUCAGAAGGGUAUCUCAAAGGAAUUUACCUAUGUUUGGUUGCACUGCUGUAUGUUAAGCAUUUGUGUUGGUUGUCUCCCGCCAUCACUGCAGAUCUCGAGCUUUCUGUAAUUUCCAGCAAAUGAAGAGGAAAUUUAAGACCAGUUUUGCAGUAAUACUGUUGUGUAGCUUGGUUAAAGGUAAAAUCACAUCUUGUAAAGAUGGCAGUGUUGCGGUGUAUGAAAUACCAAAAUUGAGACUUGAUUUGAGUCCAAAAUUAACUACAUCUAUUGUCCCAAAUUGUUUUA